CACGUGGCUGGAGGGCGAUGCGGCAGCACCGGGCGCCUCUCCUGCUCCUGGGAGUGGCGCUGGGGGCCUCCUUGCGGAGGGGCUGCUGCGGCCACCUCUUACACUCCCUGUGCUACUUCUACCUGCAACCCUCAGAGCCCAGCCAGGGGCUUCCUCCAUCCUUCAUUAGGGGCUACUUGGAUGACCAGCCCAUCACUCGCUUUGACAUCCUCACCAGUAAGGUGGAGCCUCUGGUGCCCUGGAUGGAGGAGGCUGAGAAUGAGUCAUUUCUGGUCCCUGAAUGGAUCUUCAGGACUCACCUGGAGAAGUUAUCAAAACUGGACCGCCAUGCUGGAGGGCUUCACACGUGGCAGGUGGCUUUGGGCUGUGAGCUCAGGGAAGACGGGAGCAAAGGUGGGUUUUUGCACUACGGCUAUGAUGGGAGGGACUUCAUCAGCUUUGACAAGGAGACCCUCAGAUGGGUGGCAGCUCCUCAUCCCCAGGCCCAGAAGGUCAAGGAGAAGUGGGAUGAGGAUCCAGGAUGGUCCAAGAGCAAUAAAGUCUUCCUGGAGGAGACCUGCAUUGAAUGGCUGCAGAGAUACCUCUCCUACAAGAACAAGACUCUGCAGAGGAGAGAGGCCCCAGUGGGGAAGGUGACUCGCAAGAUGGUGAAUGGCAGCCUGGAGGUCCUCAUCUGCCAGGCCUUUGGCUUCUACACCAAGGAGAUCCAGGCCACCUGGAGGAGGGACAGAGAGGUCUGCCAGUAUGAGACCCUCCAUAGGAAUGUGGCCCCCAACUCAGAUGGGACCUAUUAUCUCUGGCUCAGCAUUGAGAUCAACCCCAAGGACAGGAACUGUUUUCGGUGUCAGGUGGAGCACGAGGGCUUGCAGGAGCCCCUGAUCUUGCCCUUGAAGGAGGAAACAGCUACAACAUGGGGGAUUCCUGUGGGAAUUGUGGCCGCCGUGGUCUUGGCACUUGGGAUUCUCUUCCCAUUAUUCCAGUGGCGAAGAUGCAAGGGAUGUUUCCAUCCAGAAGUGACAACUUGCCCUGAUCACAUUUCAUUAGAAAUGGUUCUUCCUCCCCCAAUUUAUGGCAGAAAAGAUGAGACUCAGUCAUAGCUGAUGCUCCAACCUGGCACACCACCUAUGGAGGGUGGAGGCCCCAGAGGGCUCCCCAAGGCCCUGUUUCAAUGCUGCCCAGUGGAGAAAGGAAGCAAUGGAUGCCAAAAAAAUAAAAAUGCCAAAGAUAAAUUGAGCAGUUGAUGUUGUCUCUCCAGGCCACCCUCAAAUCAGGAGGAAGAGAGGCAGUGAGGAUGGUCACAUCCCCUCCCUAUUCCAUUAUCAGUGGUGAAAUGCAAAUUAUUUUACUACAGAUUCCGUGGGCGUGACAGGGGAAGAAUACUGCAAAAUCC